UUGGCAUGACAUAAAUUAUGAUGUCAUUAUGUAAUCUCGCGCAAAUGUCAAUGUUGAACACGAAUUUAUAAUUAUGUACAAAUACGUGUGAGUUCUUACUCGGCAAUGAACGCAAAUAAAGUCCAAUACGCGUGGUAGUUGCAACACACUAUUAGUUAGCUAGAACUUGUACAUUAAAAACAAGCAAACAAAACAGGUAGCUUUUUACUUAAAACAAGAGUGAUCCUUCUAAAAAAAGAGCACGAUGGCGAGCUUCGCGGCGCAAGCGGCCCUCCGCGUCAAAUGGACUUCGUUGGUGGAGGACCAUAGUAUCGAAGUACCGCCGGAGGUCACAAACAAAGUGACCAGUGUUGUUGGAUGGCUGAAGCAGGCGUCGCUGGAGGUGAAAGCAGCAGGACUAAGGGCAGUGAGCAAACUCUCUGAAAACGCCAUGGCGAAUCAAAACCAACUCGUGAUACUUCACUAUAACGAUGUGUACAAUGUCGAGCCUCGUCCUACGGAACCCGUUGGUGGUGCGGCGCGAUUUUUGACCGCAAUUAAAAGUUUUCAUCAUCUCAAUCCCCUGAUCUUUUUCAGUGGUGAUGCUUUUUCACCUAGCAUGUUGAGUACAUUCACACGCGGAGAACAAAUGGUUCCAGUUCUUAACGAUGUUGGAACUCAUUGUGCUGUGCUUGGCAAUCACGAUUUUGACCACGGAUUAGAAGUGCUCGCGCAAUGGGUAGCAAAGUGCAACUUUCCAUGGUUGAUGUCCAAUGUUGUGGAUAAUGAAACUGGUCGUCCAUUGGGGGAAGGUAAGAUCACGCACGUGAUUGAUUUUAAUGGUAGGCGAAUUGGACUGGUCGGUUUGGUCGAAAAGGAAUGGUUGGACACGCUCGCCACUAUCAAUCCGGAAGAAGUCACAUUUCUUGACUAUAGCGAAGCUGGGCAAAAAUUAGCACAGCAGUUGAAAGCAGAAGGAUGUGAUUACAUUAUAGCAUUGACGCACAUGCGGACUCCCAACGAUAUUAAACUAGCAGAGACCUGUCCAGACAUUGAUCUUAUCUUGGGUGGACAUGACCACGUUUAUGAAGUCCAGGUCGUAAAUGGGAUACAUAUAAUUAAGAGCGGAACGGAUUUCAGACAGUUUAGCAAGAUUACGAUUAAUUUUGAUAAGGCUACACCUGAAAUUGACGUUGAAGAAAUAAACGUGAAUGCUAAUUAUGCGGAAGAUGCUGAAUUGAAAGAAAAGUUAGAUAAAUAUUCAGCUGUUGUCGAAAAGCGAAUGGAUGAUGUCCUUGGAAGUUUUUCAGUACCACUGGACGGUCGUUUUCAGUCCGUACGCACUUCUGAAUCAAAUCUCGGUAAUUGGAUCUGUGAUGUAGUUCUAGCUGCCACCGGUGCUGAUCUCGUCCUUCUCAAUUCGGGCACUCUGCGCUCUGAUCAAGUGCAUCCUGCUGGCGAUUUUACAAUGCGUGAUUUAGUCAAUAUCCUGCCGAUGCGUGAUCCACUUGUUCUUAUUCAGGUGACAGGCCAACAAAUUCUUGAGACCCUCGAAAAUGGUGUAAGUCAGUAUCCAAAACUCGAGGGGCGAUUUCCGCAAGUUGGCGGAAUCAGUUUCGCGUUUGAGCCAGCACGCCCGCCCGGUCAACGUGUCGAUCCCGAUUUUGUACGAAUCGGCGAUGAGUACCUUAAGUUGGAUCAGACUUAUCGCCUUGCUACCAAAACCUAUCUGCAUUCUGGUUGUGACGGAUAUACUAUGUUGAAGAACGCUAAGGUUUUGGUUGACGAUGAUGAGUGCCCAAUGCUUGGACUGGCAGUGCAAAAUCACUUUCAGGCGAUUAAUAUGCGUUUAGGGAAGACGCGCAGACAUUCGAAACAUAGGCAGUCGUUGGUGACGCUGUCACGGAGGCACAGCCUGGUAAAGAUGUUGGACGGGAGCGAACUUGAUGGGCCUCCACCGUUGAGAAAGACAAGCACGGCGGAGGGUUCUGUACCGCCAGUUACGCACGGACCACACACUCAUCCGCACAACAAGUUGACGCGGAGAGCAUCUCUAGAUGAUUUGGAGGAUGACACUUGUGCGCUCACUCCGAAAAUUGACCGGAGAAUAAUUAUUAUAACAUCUCCAGAGAAAAAAACCGAAUUGAAGAUACAAAGACAACGCCUCGAACAAGAUUCAGUCAUUCAGGAGGUCGAGGACGAGAGUUCUCCGCAGUAUUAAGACACGAUUUGAAUGUAUCUUUCUAUUUAUGUGAAUCUUCCAGUUUUCUUCCUCUUUAACUCUAUGAUUCCAUUUGUUGGUGCCAUUAUGGUUGGUUGAUAUUUAUUUAAUGUAUUCAUUUCUGAACCAUGACCAUGGGAUAUUUAUAGCUCUCUGAAAGCGUCAAAGAUGUGAAAUCUAUAAGAUAUUAUUAAUAUUAAUUAAAUAACAUUUUGUUAAUAUUAGAAGGAAAGUACAAAUUAAUUACUGAUUUAUUGAUGUCAAACUUCAAUUGUAAUUGUAUCAUGAGUUAUUUGAUUAAUUUUGAACAUAGAAUGUGCAGUCUUCAUGUCGAAUAUGAUCACACCUCUUUGAUUACGUAUAAGAGCUAAUAAUUCUUAGAAUGGCAGGAAUUGAUCUACAAUUUCUAUGUAAAAACAAAGCAAAAACGAAACAGUAUCAAAUACUUCAGCUUGAUUCUACUAGGUAGUGAAAGCGUUAAUCGUGUAGUUAGUAGUUUGUUGAAGGUAUUGGAUAAUUAAAAAAAGACAUGUCGAUUGCAGUGGAUGACACACCAAAUUUACAAAUUAUCUUAAAAUAAGUCAACUUUUUGCUUAAAGACACACGAUACGCGUCAACUAAAUAUGUAAAAAUGCAAGGAUAUGUACAACUAUUAAUUGCUAAUUACCAGAUAAUCAAACAAAACGAACAUACAAUGAAAGACGUAAAUCAUGAUGCUUUAGCUAAAAUCACACAUGUUAUAAUCUGUGAUAUAAUUUUCGAUAAGUAGACUGAACAUUUCGAUACAUUAACAUUAUUGCGCUAAUUGUACACACACGAGUAUUGAGAAUUGAAGGCGGACGCCAUGUCAAUUUACCAUCGAAAGUAGAAUGCACUAUUUGUGUGUUUGUGGGGUCUGUUUUCAUGUUGGAAUUUAUAGCAAUUGAAUAUAAAUCGCAUGUAUGGUGCACUUUGUUGAACGAUAUCUACACAAUGCUUAUUGUAAUUUGGUCGAACAAAUAUUGUUGCUUUGAGAUGGACACAACAUGACGUUAAAUAUAUUAUACUUUACCUAAA